AUGUCUCCCAAAAAAGAUCAGCCUCCAGCUUCUAGACCCCAGUCACCUACUCGCAUUCCUCGCAAUCUCCCCUCUCAUCUCGGCACAUGCCUCCGUCUACAGAAGUGCGCUAUGCUAUUGGAACUACAAAAUUGUAGCAUGGAAUUCAGUGAAGACGCUAUUCUUGGCCCUACUAACACGGCAGCCUCUCAGCAACUAAAGGAUCUACUUGCGGGAACUGUCACUCGUGGGGAGGGCAAUAGUUGUUUUGUCCUAGGACCACGCGGCAGCGGAAAGACUACCAUUGUGGAUCGAGCUGUCGCGUCCCUGGACCAGACUCCGAUUGUUAUCAGGCUUUCGGGUCAUACCGAACUCAAUGAUCGCCUCGCACUUCGAGAAAUCGCGCGACAGCUCUCUCUCCAAACAGGCAAAACUUACCUCGGUGAACUUAAUAAUGACGAUGGCCAAGAUGAUGACGACAAUCCUUUCCUGGACGCCGGCCCAAGCAUCGACAUCCCGCCCCCAUCCCAUCUCCCCGCGUUGGUAUCAGCCUUGACCACGCUUUCGCGGCCAGUGGUAGUCAUUUUAGAUGCCUUCGACCUCUUUGCGUUACACGCUCGGCAGGCACUUCUUUACUGUUUACUGGAUACUGCGCAAAGCUGUAGAGUCGGUCAAGGACACAAUGGCAUUGCAGUCAUUGGGGUAACUACAAGGAUAGAUACAAUCAACCUUUUGGAGAAAAGGGUCAAGAGCAGGUUCUCUGGGCGAAUGUUGCGUACUGCUGCUCCGACAGAGUUCUCAUUCUGGAUGAAGCUUAUAGAACGAGUGUUACGGGCCCGAAUUGAACCCCCAGAGGAAGAGUGGGAGCCGUUAUGGACCCUAGCUAUCGACAAUUUUAUCGCAGAUCGGAAAGUGCUCGAACAAAUUCAAGAAACUGUCGCUGUUACACACGACAUUAGGGUACUUCAACGAAUCUUGGUGCGACGCCUGAUUGGCGUUGUCGCUGCAUUGGCCUCUUCGUCCCCGUUUCCCACAUGUGCGCAGCUCAUAUCAGCAGUACAUGCACAACGUAUACGUGAUCCGUUCCCUCACUUAAGCACAUUGCCGUAUCCCUCGAUCUGUCUUCUUAUAGCUGCCGUGCAUGCUCAUACUGCUGGUCAUGAUGCCGUAACCUUCGAGAUGCUUUACGACACUUUCCGUGAACAAUACCGUGCUUCGGCAGCGGCCCCAAUUCAAGUUGCAGGAGGAAGCAUCGGCAUGUCUCGGUGUACUCGGGAAGGGUUUGAGCGACUGAUCGGUGAAAGAAUAUUCAUAUGCGUAACCGCCUCGUCUACGAGCAUAGCUCCAGGAUUCGCUCGAUAUCGAAGUGUUUUGACCUGGGAUGAUAUCAAAAAGGCAGUCGACAAGAUGGGUAAAACGAGCUUGAAAAAGUGGCUCACAAAAGCGCAAUAA